AUCAAUCAUUAUUUUGAAAGUUCCGACACAAUACUACAGAAGACUACAGAGCUGACCAUGGCGAAGAUUCAAAAAGGCACGAAAAGAAAAUUUUGGCACACUCUGGGAAGUGCUCUCGUGCUGAACCUGGCGACAGAGGUGGUAGGAGCUAUCGAGGUAGUUGAAGAGUCUAGGAUUGAAAAUGCCUACCGCUUGGGAAGAAACAGGAAACCGUCAUCGGGGAGUUCACUUGAACGAAGUCUAACUGCAAAUAUUGCGAUGGGAGAUAUUUGGGGAAAGACUUCGAGGGCAGCUAGAAAUGAUAUCGAAGCAUUGCGGCUUCUGCAUAGCGAAGACAUGAUGUCGAUGAGCCUUUCGUCAUCUAACGAUAGACCUCCUCAAAGGCCGCCCAUACCGGCACCGGCCCCCCUGCCUAGUCCGACCCCAAAGCCCGUCCCACAGUCCACCCCAAUGCCUACUCCAGUGUCUACUCCAGUGCCAACAAUCAAACCUGUAUUGACUUCGACACCUACGCCAGAUGGAACGAUUGCGCCAGAAUCUGGAGCUUGCGAAGAGGGCAAAUCGAGAGCAGAGCAUAUUUUUGACCUUCUCAAAAUGUUUACUCCACCAGAACUUUUGCUCGACGUGACAACACCACAGGGGAAGUCUUAUGACUACCUUACCAAUAAUGACGGAGGCGUUCUUGACCCUUGUACCUACAGCACCUUGCAACAGCGGCAUGCACUUACAACGUUUUUCUUUUCGACAAAUGGAGAAAGCUGGGUUGAUAGCUCUGGUUGGCUUCGAGAAGAGAACGAGUGCUCGUGGUACGGAGUAGACUGCGACGACAGUAUUGAAUCGAAAUAUGUUACGAGACUUUUUUUGCGUAAGUGAAAUCGUUUUGUGCUAGGCAGACGCUUGGAAACCAUUUGCAUUGCAUUCCAUCUAACUUUGUGAUUACGUUCCACCACCCAAUGACUCUCAGCACAAAAUAAUUUGGUCGGUUCCUUGACUGACGAGAUCGGAUUGCUUGACAAGCUACAGCGUUUUGAUGUCUAUUCGAACUCCAUUACGGGGACAAUUCCAAGCAGUUUAGCAGCGCUAACAGAUUUGGUACUUCUGGAUUUGGAAACGAAUCAAUUCAGCGGACCAGCUUUUCCUGACGAAUUAUUUCAUUUGGAGUCUUUAGUAUCUUAUCGAGUAUCGAAUAACAUUUUGUCUGGGAAUAUUCCUGCAGAAAUCAGCAAACUGAACCUAUUGUGCCAGUUAUGGGCAGCCGGAAACCAAUUAACAGGUACCAUUCCAAAAGAAAUUGCUGCAUCUGGUAAAAUGGAAUCUGUGCUGCUUUACGAAAACAAGCUUGAGGGCACAUUGCCAAAAGAGUUAGGUAACCUUAACAAUCUCCUUCACCUUCAACUCUACAAUAACACAUUGCAGUUCGAAAUUCCGGCAGAAUUAUUCUCAGCAACACAGUUAGAAACACUCCGACUGGAUUAUAACUUUAUAUCAGGAGUGCUACCCACCGAAGUUGGCGGUCUCACCAACUUGAAGGAUCUACGACUCGAUAGAAACUCGCUCUACGGAGAGAUUCCAGAAGAAAUACGAAGUUUAUCGAAUUUAGAAAAUUUGGUCAUCAAUAACAAUUUCUGGAGCGGUGUAUUUCCGGAUGUGUUCCAAGACUUUACAAGUCUUGAUUUCUUGGAUAUAUCCAAUUCGGCUUUUUCUGGUACAAUCCCUCAAUCGCUCUUUGAAGUACCUACAAUACGAAUUGCAUAUUUAUCCAACAACACAUUUACUGGUACAAUUCCGGAGGACUUUUCCAGUGCAACGUUAUUGCAUGACCUUUACCUGGAUGGCAACGCCUUGACUGGAACCAUCCCAGAGAUUUCAGGAGGGCAAUUCCAAAGUCUCUCCGAGUUGUAAGUGACAUAUCCUCCGUGAAAAUACGAUUGCGUUGGGCUGUUUCACCGGCGAAUAGUCGUCAUGUUUCUGUAAUAGUUUUUGCGCAUGCACGUACAUAACUCAACCGCUCGAAAUUGUUGCUUUCUGAAAAAUAUAGCCUGGUACAAUUUAACUUCUUGACAGGAAGUAUGCCCGAAUCUAUUUGUGACUUGCGCGGUACUGGUAAAUUGAAGGUGUUGUUUUCAGACUGCGGUGGAGUCGAUCCGGAAAUUGAGUGCGAGUUUCCAGAAUGUUGCAACCGGUGCUUCGAAGGGGGAGAUGCUGCCAUAUCACAACGAAGACUGUCUCAGUCGUCAAAUCUGCGACAUGGCAGGUAGCUGGCAAAUUUAUGUUCAGAAAUCAGGGGAACUCAAUACAUCAAGUGAAUAUCA